CCUUUCAAUCUUAUAUGAUGUCACACUAAUCGUUGCUUCUAGCAUCCACCCUAGAAAAAGCAGCAUAAUCCAAAGAAGGUGACAAAAAUUUAAAGCUUUGAUUUAAUUUUUAUGAGCAAUUAAAGACCUACCUCAAAAUAAUCAGACAAAAAAUUUAAUCAAGUAGUAAUCACAUUGCAUAUUCAACACUCUAAUUAAUGUGGCCCAUUUAUUAUAUUUUGAUUACAUUAAAUUGAUUAAUGCAAGGUUAGGUAGGUGUGUAUUUUCAGAGCUUAGAAGGGGCCCAUAACAAUAAUUUAGUGAAACAACUGUAGUCUUUUUGUUCACAUAUAUGAAAGUUCUUGUUAACCUCUGUGUACUAGAAACAUUCAUCACUGAAUCAUUCCACUCACAAUUUCUUGUGUUAACACUACCUUUUCACCAUGGAAUUGGACAUUGGUUUCACUCAUUCAGAUUUUACUCAUGCUGAGUCUUGGUUUUCAUUUGAUACCUCUAGUGGAUAUCUUGAAGAUGCAAUUACUGGUUGGGAUAUUUGGUGCAAACAACAUAAUUUACCAUCCUACCCUCAAGAUCAAAAGAAAAACCAAUGUAUGAUUGAUCACGAAGAUCUAUUUCCAACAGUUUCUUCCGCCACAUCCCAAAUGCUUCAAGAAAAUAAAAAAAUCAGCAAUAGGAACCUAUCAUCAUUACAAAAUCAUCCACAUGCAGCUGGAGUCAAACAUGAUUCACCUCAGAGGAGUUGUGCAUCUACAGAAUCACAUGAAAAUGAUGCUUCAAUUUUAAGGGCACAAUGGAAGAAAAUAGCUUAUCCAUUUGAGUUGGUGAAGCCUGGAGGAAUUGAAGGGGAAACAACUCUUAAAGAUAUAAAUGAGCAAAUGAUGAUGAAUCCAUCAAAGCCAAUUCCACACCCAGUGGGGAACUCAAUGACAAAUUCAUGCAUUUCAAACAGUGGUUAUGGUAUUUCAGGAAAACAAGUGGCAGCACUUACAAGGAUUCACACUAGGGGUAGAGGCUCCAUUACAAUUAUUAGGACCAAAGGUUGAAUUCAACUCAUUGCAAUGCUUAUGUUCCUCAAUUUUGUACUACACUAAGGCUUGAUACUUUAUACCAAAGAUGCGUAAAUGUAAUGAGAGAAAAAAAGUCAUAGUGUUUCUUGUAGUAUAAAGUUAAUUUGAAAUUUCCUCCUAGCUAGUCAUUGAAA